UGCCAUUUCCUGUCCCACAUACAGUAGCACUUAAUUGUUCUUAACUGUCCUCAGAAUACUUUUGCGACUAUCAUCUUCAACAAGCCGAUAAAAUGACGAUGUUUUCCGUACUGGUCUUGCUGUGGAUGUCACAGGUUGUCUCGUGUUAUGACGACACGAGUUUUGUGGCUGCGGUGUACGAACAUGCGGUGGUGUGGACUUCUAUACCUGGCCAACCCCCAACUCGACAAGAGGCGAUAGACUUCAUGAAACAAAACCUGGACGUUUACAGAGAACAGACAAGGGAGGCUAAAAGACAGGGUGCGGACAUAAUAGUCUUUCCGGAGGACGGAAUUCACGGAUUCCAAUCCAGAGAGAAUCAAUAUUUCUAUUUGGAAACGAUCCCCGAUCCGGAGAAGAUUGUAUGGAACCCUUGCGACGAUCCCGACCGUUUUAACGACACCCCAGUUCAACAAAACCUCAGUUGUAUGGCCAAAGAGAAUAACAUCUAUGUUGUCGCAAACUUCGGAGACAAGCAGUUUUGCGACAGUUCUGAGGACAGUUCUUGCCCGAAUGACGGCAGAUACCAGUUUAACACCGACGUUGUUUUCGAUAACGAAGGAACGAUUGUCGCCAGGUACCAUAAAGAACACCUCUUCAUGACGGAACUGCAGUUCAACCGCCCGCCGUCGGUGGAGAUCGUAACCUUCCAGACUCCGUUCGGAAAGUUCGGAGUCUUCACUUGUUUUGAUGUCCUGUUUCGCGACCCUGCCGUGGCACUAGUGGAAGAUUGCGGUGUAGAUACGAUCGUGUUCCCGACGGCUUGGAUGGAUGUUUUGCCACUUUUUGUUUCCGUAGAGUUUCACCAAGCCUGGGCCAUGGGUAUGGGUGUUAACUUCUUGUCGUCUAACACGCACGUCCUUGACAGACGUAUGACCGGAAGUACGAUCUCCACCCCUUCCGGUGCCGUCAGCUAUUAUCACGACAUGAACUCAACUGAGGGAAGGUUAUUGGUCGCAGAAAUCCCCAUCAAACCAAUAAAGAAUGGCGUUAGAUCAGCAGAGCUACCAAUCACACAGCACGACACAGAGUUCGUUUCUGACUUGUUCGGUGACCCUUUUACUUUCGUGGAUCUUACAAAAGAGAGCGAUUACGUCAUCAUCUGUCAAAAUGACUUAUGCUGUAGCCUGAAUUACACAAAAUCGGGAAUUUCGUCGGAAAUUUACGCCUUCGGUGCUUUUGACGACCUCCACACGAACGAGGGACAGUACUACCUACAGAUAUGCGCACUGGUGAAGUGCGCUAACUCGUCACGUGACACCUGCGGCCAGCCAACCAACGACGCGCAGACGACAUUCUCCCACCUGCGCUUGGCGGGAAACUUCAAGUUUCCUCACGUCUUUCCAGAGGUUCUGACACGCGGGAUCGGAAUGGACCUUGCAGUAGGUGAAUGGGAGUACAAAAAUGGCGCUAUAAUCAGUACAUCCGGGAUAUCCAAGCCUCUUCUUUCAGCUGCUCUGUUUGGCCGAGUGUACGAAAGGGAUGAUGGGACAUUCAAACAUACGAGUGGCGCGAUGGAAGUCUCUCCUCACCUUCCUUUGCUGCUCAUCUUGUUCUCUGUUCAUCUUAUUGGAUCAGUUGUAACUGUCUAAGGAAAAUGCCUCCGCCUCUGAGGCGUCGCAAAAAAAUGGUACCGCAUACGUGUGAAUUGUAUUCUCAGAUUCAAAUCUAAUUUGCCGAAAAUGCAUUCAAGAAUUGCAUCAGCGUUUUCUGACGGCGAGGUUUCUCUGACAUUCACUCUUGAAUACGUGUGUGUGUGUGUGUGUGUUGUACUGAGGAAAAAGGACAGGUAUGUUUUACUACGUGUGGAUGGUGUUCAGCACCAAGGACAGGCGUGUUUGUCUAUGGAUGGCAUUUAGCGCCAUGGAUAGGUAUGUUAAUCUGAUAGUGAAUGGUCUGUCUUCUCUGUCACGUUGCUUUGUUUGUACCAGGGACAGGUGAGAGUAACUGUCAAAGAAGCUCGGUCGUCAGAAAUGUUGCGCCUUUAGUUGCUAAAAUAAAGAUGAUUUUGUGACACGU